GCUGGAGGUACGAGCUUGGUGCUACGGCGCAUUUGCCAGUAUCAACGGUCUGCGUUUAUCGACUAUCAUGUAUGCUGUGGCAAAUGCGAUCCAUUGACUUCAGACAUAAGAAUUCUCGUGGGCUUUUUCGUAAACGCUACCAUCGUCAAUCAUGAUGGAUGUUCAGACCCAGUACAAAGUAACGCCUGCUACCGGCGAUGAUUGUAAAAAUCAAACACCACCAACUUUACUCUCAAGUUUGAGAAGCGUUCUUUUCGUAAUUGGAACCGUAGUGAUCGGAUUCGCCGCAUUCUGCAACUCACUAACAUGGCAUUUACAAAGAUUUUGGGGAGCCUCUGGUGAUUUCUGGCAAGCGCAAUGGGACAAAAUCUUAGAUAAAUUAGGAAAUGAUCCUGUCACGCUUUGGGUUCACGGCUCAUUAGGAUUAACUUUUUUUGUAUACUGGUUCUUCGGCGGGAUUUACACAAUUCUGGACAUAACUAAUCGACCAGUUGCUUUACGAAGAUAUAAAAUACAACCGGGUACGAACGAACCAGUUGACACAAGAGAAUUGUGCAAAGUAAUCGCUCAAGUACUGUUCAAUCAGAUCAUUGUUGGAGUUCCUCUAGCGUACGUCAGUUAUCACUUUAUGGAAUGGCGCGGUUAUCCCUCUGUACGCGAAUUGCCGACCUUUCACUGGGUGCUUGUUGAAAUCGCCAUUCACAUAUUGUGUGAGGAAAUUGGAUUUUAUUACUCACAUAGAUUUCUACAUAGCCGCUAUCUCUAUAAGUAUAUACAUAAGCAGCAUCACGAAUGGACAGCUCCCAUAGCUGUAACAUCGCUAUAUUGCCACCCUUUAGAACACAUUGGCUCGAAUCUAUUACCACCGUUUUUGGGAGUAUUCAUCGUAGGUUCUCAUGUGGCUACUGCUUGGCUUUGGUUCUCGCUUGCUAUUCUUUCUACAUUAAAUGCUCAUUCUGGUUACCAUCUACCGUUCUUUCCAUCUCCAGAAGCUCACGAUUUUCACCACUUAAAAUUUAAUCAGUGUUUUGGAGUUUUGGGAGUAUUGGAUCGAAUCCACGGAACAGACACGCAGUUUCGUAAUUCCAGAGCUUACCAACGUCAUGUAAUGAUGCUUAGCUUGGUUCCACCAAGAGAAGCUUUUCCAGACGAAGUAAAGUAUAAAUCUAAGUAGGAAGUAUUUUAUUGAACUUCGUGAAAAAAGUUCAAUAUAAUAUGUUUAAUAUAGAAAUGCAGUAUAAGGUAUUUCUAUAUUUAUAGUAUUUUUCUUUUUUUUUUUUCUUUUAUUUUAAUCGUUAAAAACAAUUGAUUAAUUAACAAGGUGUAGUAAAAGUUAACAUUUUUCAAUGAUUGACAUUCGUCUAUUAUGUACUUUACUUAUUAUUUUUCAUUAUUAAAACUGCGUAUUUUUUAUUAUUAUCAACUUGUAAGCAAUUUAUUAUAAACUUUACAAUGGUGUGAUUGUAAUAUUAUUAUUAAACAAUUUUUUUUAUACGAAAAAUGUAAUUUUGUGAAGUAUUUUUAACGAAACAGAUAUAAAAAAAAUCGUUCUAAACUUAUAACUAUGUUUUAUUACAUUUGUUUUUUAAAUUUAAAUCUAUAAAAAGAAAAUCCUGAUAUUAUAAGAAUUUUAUCAUAAUGGAUGAAUUUUAGAUUAUUAGAAUAUCUUUUUUACGACAAAUACACUGUUGGAAAAUUUAGAAAUAUAUCAGAUAUUUCAUCGGACAUUAUCUUGUUAAUAAUUACAUAACAUAGCAAUAUUCUGGAAACAUCUAUAUACUUGACAAAAUUAUGUUUGUAUUGAAAUUACAACAUUAAGAAAACUAUUUGUGACAAUUGCUAUUUUUAUAUUUAAUUCGAUAAUAAAAGCAAUAAAUUUAAUCUAA